UAGCAUUCAACUUAAGUGACGCUCUCACGAGUUUUGAAUAAAGUAUAUCAACAAACCGUUUACGGCCGGGAAAUGAAUUGCGUUAGUACUCCAAAUACGUUCUUAUCCAAGUCAUUUCCGGGACAAAGAAACGUAAGAACGAAACAAUGUCGUAUCACCUCUAAGAACGCAAAAUAAAAAGAGGUCGCGCAUGUUCCCGCGGAGGAGAUGCAAUUCUUGGCGGGGACGUGGAACUCUGCAUAACACUGUCAGAUUCCGAGAGAAGUUCAAGAACAUACUGGAUCUGGAGUAGAUGAACAGACUGACCAGUGGAUUUCCAGAAGUCUCAUCAACUCAGUGGUCCUCAUCAUCUGAAGUGCCACAUCCCAGAUCCAUGCCCACCAGGAGACGUGCAAGGACAACCACAUACACGCACACAUUCUGCUGUCUUAGUGACAAAUCAGCAAGUGAAGCACCUAGUCGCCUCCAGAAGAGUGCACUUGUGGAUGCUGGCCUUGGGGAGAAACGGCUAACCUUCAGUGGUAGAGAAUCCUCCCCUUAUGAUUUCCUGCACUUCAUUUUUCAACAUUAUCCAAGGCUUAGUGAGGCGGGAGGCUUUGAACUACUAAGAAUUGCAGGAAAAACUCGUUCAAGAAGACUGACUCUCAUCACAUGUCCAUGUCAAGGCUACAAUAUCCAACAUUUAAAGUCAUCGGAGGCUAUGGUGGGACAAGCAACAAUUUACAUCCGUCCUUUACACAGAAAUUUGUCUCUUCAUGAAAGUGACUACUCAGCCAGACAUAUGAUCAGAUGCUUGGGAUGUGCGAGAAGCUUUCUGCCCGCUGAAUUUUGGAGCCACAGGAAUGCAUGUGGUAGGGCUGGGCCUGAACCAAGCCACGAGCAGGCAUCUACGACAGCACCAGUUCCUGUGAUUGUGGUGGCGGAUGAGACUGAUGCAGGGGAAGGGUGCUCAUACUCUGCACCCAACAGCCAUUGGAAGAGUGUAACUGAUCCAGUGAAUGCAGUAAAACUCUUCAGAGAAAGCAUCAUGAAAAACACUGGCGAGAUGCUGCAUUUGCGAUUGGACAUGAGAGAGUCCAAUGAGAGCAGAGAGCGCAGCAUCAUCGCUUUCUAUAAAUGCCACCGAGACGACUGGUCAGCUGCACUCAUGUGUUCUCUUGAAGGUGACUUGGCUAUUGGAGAUGGAGUAAACAGGCACUGUCUGUCUCUUGUCAUGUCAAAACUGCAGCAUGGGUUUGAAUUCAAAAUAGGUUCAACAAACGUUCUGUUGUUUGAGGGUGAGAAGGAUCACCUGGUUCCAUCUGCUUCUCAAGUCAUUCUCGACAGCGAUCUAUUCUUAGUGGCUGGUCGCAUAAUAGGUCACUGCUUUCUGAAUGAAGGCCCCUGUUUACUUGGGUUAAGUCCAGCUAUGAUCCAUGUUUUGGUAGGAGGCAUGCCAGAGAUGGCUUCCAUUGAUGUAAAAGACUGCUGUGACACAGAUAUCAGAGAGGCAGUGGAGCUGUUGAAAGGAAAUGAUGAGCUGACUGAGGACCAGAAGAGGUCAAUCCAGAGACUGGCAUUCGGAUGGGAUCUCCCUGGUGUCACGCAAGAAAACCGGGCUUGGCUGAUGGAGAGACUGCUAUUCCAUGCGGUUAUUGUGCGGUCUAAAGAGCAGCUAAAGCAGAUCCGCAGAGGUCUCAAAGAAACGGGCUUAAUGAACCUGUUGACGGACAGGCCUGACACCAUCCCUUUAAUUUUCCCGAGAAGCUCCUCGGUCAUCUACUCCCCACAGCGCAUUUUGAGUGUAAUUGAUUGGCCAGUGGGGGGAGAGGAGGACGAUGAUGAUGCAGACGAAUUUGUGACACUAGAGGACAAAUGUCGAAUCGCCGGGUUCCUUCGAACCUACAUUGAAAAUGCCACGCCAGAGUGCUUGCUCCAGCUGCUGAAGUUUUGGCACGGAUGGGAAGUGCUUCCGACAAAGCUGUUUGUUUCAGUUUUUAGUUACAGAAUGCCAACCUCCAGCACUUGCACAGAGACCCUGAGACUUCCCGUUCACCACCUAAACUAUACCAGCUUCCAGAAGGAUCUCGAUGCUGCAAUCAGUACAGUGGAAACUGGGUUUGGACGAAUUUAAUGUUUUUUGCAGAAAAUCAUCUUGAGUUGUUUUUUCUGUUUGUAAUUUUUUUAUGUAAACUAGGUGAAUUUUAAUUGCCAUUUUUAAGGUCGAAUUAUUUUUUGCUACUUGCUAACCUGCGGUGGAAGUUUAGAGCAAAUUUACUAUACCGUUAUAUUAGAUGAAUACUUGUCAACAAGUACAUGAA